AUGACUGAUGCUUAUAACCAGAAGGUCAUAGGAAAAAUUAGAUGCCUCAGUAACUGUGGGAUCACAUAUCAGGGCAGGCUAGAAGAACAAAUAGCCAGAGCCAAGGAGAUUGAUAACGCCCUAAGUGCGGACUUAUGGAAACAUAAGGUACGGGAAUAUAAAAGCUGUGUAGCUAGACAGUUUGUCCCAACUGAUAAAGGUGAACUAGGCUUUAUGAAAGCUGAAACUGUUAUGAAAGAUACCAUCCUAAGCAAUUGGGAAUAUAUCUGUACAAAACCAGAAUUGGAACUGGUAAAAACUCAGGCAGAAGUCCUGGGCAGGCAAAGCAAAAGGAGUCUAUACAAAGACUACCUAAGCAUAGCUAAAGACAAGGUAGACAAACCUAUAAAAGCAUUAAGAAGCGACCUCAAAAGAGACGCUAAAGAUAAUGAGACGAAGGAAUGGAAACUAAGAACCACAUCCUCGAGCAUCUUAAAUGAAGAGAUAUGUCUCAAAGACUCUUUCCUAUGGAUGAGAAGAGGACACUUAGGCAAAGAAACUGUGAGGAUCAUAAUGGGUUGCCAAGAAGGACACCUGUUUACGAACAGCAAAGCCAAGACCUCUAGGAAGACCUCCAACAUGUGCAGGAAGUGCUCCCAAUACAGAGAGACAGAAGACCACAUCCUUACGGGCUGCAGCUUCUGGAGAAACUUGCUCAUGGUAUCCCGCCAUGACAAUAUAGUCCAAUAUAUAAGUCACGAAAUCAUCAAGCUCUGCGGGAUGAUAUUUGACAAAAAGACUAAAGUCUAUGAAAAUGAGGAAUAUCACGUCAGUGUAGACCUCCCAGUUAGGACACAAGCCCAGCUGAUGUAUAACAAGCCAGACAUAGUCUGGAUAGAGAAGAUGAAGAAGAAAAUCUUCGUUAUUGAAAUCUCUGUAACUGGGGUUAAAAGACUCCAGAUACAAGAGAAACGCGAACGUCAGAAAUACGAGGUUAAUGGAAAUCACCCCGAAGAUGAUCUGACAAACUGCGUAAGAGGUAAUAACCUAAUCAUGGCUCUGAAAAAAUAA